GUUGAAGUUCCGCUCGAUGGAGAAGAAGAUAAAAACUGUCUAGAACUGCCUUCAGAUGUCGGUUUAAAAUCGUCCUAUGACACCAUGAAUACCACGAAGAAUUCGUCCUUCUACAGCAACGUUUCUAAUUGUAUAAUUUGCCUUGAUGAAGUGCGGUGUAGAGGCAAACUGAGCGUGUGUAAGCACUGGUUUUGUUUUGGUUGUAUCCUUGAAUGGUCCAAGAAUACCAAUACUUGUCCCGUCUGCAAAACAAGGUUUCGUUCGAUAUCGAAGGUUCACCUAAGUCCCCUGAAGUCUCCGCCCACCAAGGUACGGGUUCCUGACAAAGAUCAGCAGGUCUGGAUUGAUGACGAUGAUGAUGGUGUCACAGAGGAGAUGCUGUAUGACAUUCAGAAUGAGUUGCAAGAGGACAUGGAUGAUGACUAUGAACCAGGUCACAUGUCAUACCCAUAUGAUCUUGACGAAUAUGACCUUGAAGAUUCUUUCAUUGACGAUUCAAACCUAUCUCAACCCUCCAGUCAUACACCAGAACGAUUUUUCCUGGCUCAAGAAUUGAUGGAAGAAGAAUAUGCUUUUGUUACUCGAAACAGUCCCUACAUGCUUCGCAGACGAUCUAGACGGAGGAGUCCUAGUACUAGAGGAAGUGAUGUCAUGAUAGACAUCUGUGCUCUAAACAAUAUUGAAGAAGACRCCGUGUUUGAGGACAUCAGUAGCGACGAGUCAUGCGAUUCUUCAUCCACAGACAGUAGYCUUAGCGAUGCAGAUGAAGAAGSCGACGAAUCAAGUCAGCGGACAAAGAGCACCCGUUCAUCCAGAAAUACUCAAUCUCAAGACCCCAGACGAAGUAUUCGGUCCCAAGUCCCAAGAAGGAGCACUCGUUCCCAAGCCCCGACGAGAAACGCUCGUUCCCAGGCCUCGAGAAGAAGCACUCGSUCCCAAGCAAGACUUCAAAAAGAGCAGGCUAGAAACAAAAGACAAAGACAAGACCAGUUGAUUGCGCAAAACAUCCAGGAGACUGGUUCUAGUGGGUGGUUGAAUACGAGAUCAACCAAUGAGCGAGCAGCUGCAGCAUCGGCAGCACGUGCCAUAACUCAGAUAACCAACCACAACAGCUCACCUCGUCAGACGCUUGAAGAUACAGCAGGACCAAGUCAUGGACGUCCACGUCAUCAAUACACAUUAAGAACAAGAAAUGAUGAUGAUGAUGAUGAUGACACUAUUGAUAGUGAUAAAAGUGGAAACUCGCCCCUGCGUAUAUCUGUGGCUCGCGUGAAGGAGUAUACACAAAGCGGUCCGAGAAAGUCUAGCUUUUCAAGGAUUCGAGUUCCCUCGUCUUCUGAAUCAGAAUUAAGUGACUCCGUCGUCCUGACAUCUCCAACGAAACCUAACUCGCAACAAAAAUCAACUGGAAGCGAUAACAGAAAUUCGGCUGUUCCAAGAGAUAUGGGAAUGUCUUUACCGAGUUCAUCAUAUGUGGUGGAAGAUGAUGACAAUACUUGCAAUCAAAGUGAAGUUAAGAAAUGGAAGAGAAUAAGAAAUGGAAAGAAGGAGAAAGGGAAAGAAAAUAAGCCUUUGYCACGAAGUCUUUUUUCUCAGAGUGSAUCAGCAGCGAGCUCUAAUGAUCCAGACUUCAUUCCAAAUUUAUCCGACGAACUACCAUCGAAGCGUUGUAGACUUGGUACAAUAAGCAAUAGAAACGUUAAUGRGCAWCAAGAGUCGUCUUCUACAAUUUCGAGGGUUACUCGUGCACAGAUACAACGCUUGGAAAAUARUUACGAUCCUUUGGGCAUAAACCUCAAAGGUUCUUCUAGUUCGUCACAGUCAAGUUCUCUUAUUCCAGAGGGUGUUAAUCAUCGAUAUCUUUUGAGGACACGUAUUCAAGGAAACCUAAAUAAUAGUGAUGAUGAUUAUGACAGUGAUAGUGAUAGUGAUACGGGAUACACUGGGAAACGAACAAGAAAUAGUACAACAGUAAGAAUGCCAUCGGAUGAACUACCAUCGAAGCGUUGUAGACUUGRUACAAUAAGCAAUAGAAACGUUAAUGAACAGCAAGAGUCGUCUUCAACAACAUCAAGGGUUACUCGUUCGCAGAUACAACGCCUGGAAAAUAAUAAUUAUCCUUUGGGCAUAAACGUCAAAGGUUCUUCUAGUUCGUCACAGUCAAGUUCUCUUAUUCCAGAGGGCGUUAAUCAUCGAUAUCUUUUGAGGACACGUAGUCAAGGAAACCAAAAUAAUAGUGAUGAUGAUGAUGAUGAUUGUGACAGUGAUAGUGAUACGGAAUACACUGGGAAACGAACAAGAAAUAGUACAACUAUAAGAAUGCCACAUGAUCACAAGGAUGAUACUACAGAUGAUGAUGAGAGAAAAUCCGAAGGCAAGGGGAAUAGAAGGAAAAAGACGGUAAACAGGGCACAUGAUCGUGAUGAUGGGAAGCAUUUUGGCAAGGUAAAACCGAAGGAAACCACGAUGAGCAGAUUGCAAAAGUGCAGGGAUAAUACUGGUGAUGAUGAUGAUGAUCAAGUAUCAACUGGUAAAGAUGAAACAUCUAGUGUAACCUGGCUAAGAGGAAAACCUUCUACAAAUGAUGAUGAUGAUGAUGAUGAUUACAUCAUGGAUGAUGAACAACCAAACCUCAUCAUACCAACCCCACAAAAAACGAUCCAUUUUCACAAGGCGUCAACACAGAAUAAUUUCGGAACAGUUUGACGAUCCCUCAAACAAUCAWGACAACCCACCUUAUGACAGACAUCUCCAAACACAAUACCAUCUCUCAAAAUCUUCAAACAAAACUAAACCCAGUGAUAAUGAGAAUAAGAAAAGUAGGGAAAAAGCUAUGCCAUGCAGAGGUAGCGGCAUGCAGUUGGUAAAGGAUAAAGUUGAUGAUGAUGUUACACCAGAGUCUAGUGGCAGCAAUCACRUGAGUGGAUCAUACUCUAGUAACAAGCCAACCGUUACAAGGACUAGGAGAAGAAUAAAGGUGUACGACAGUGAUAGUGAUUAAGAAAAUAUCUAGUGUCUAAUGCUGUUACACCAAACAACACCAGUGGUGGGAGCAAUCACAUGAGUGGAUCAUACUCUAGUAACAAACCAACCGUUACAAGGACUAGGAGAAGAAUAAAGGUGUAUGACAGUGAUAGUGAUUAAGAAAAUAUCUAGUGUCUAAUGCCGAUGUUACACCAGGCAACACUAGUGGUGGGAGCAAUCACAUGAGUGGAUCAUACUCUAGUAACAAACCAUGUUGUGAUAGUGAUUGUACCUUGUAAUUAGGUUUUCUGCUGCUGUCAAUCAAAAUUAAGGAGUUUGACUGGCAGCUCRCAAACACCAAGUCUGAUAAAAUUGAAAAUUGCAGUAAUGUUAGUAUGAAGUAAUAAUACAUAUGCAACAUUCACAUUCUUACCUUAUCAUAGCCUGCGUUCAGUCYGUAUAAUUUCUCUUGAGAGAAAUUAUACCAGCUGACGCAGGCUAACCCUAUCAUUGAUUGGUUACAAACAAAAUAUGCUCCAAACACUGAAUGAAACAGGUAAUUAGUAUAUGUAAUAGGACUCCAUGCUGUCCAAUUAAGAAAUAAUUGGAUAAGGAAAAUUCCGA